CAGAGCAGCGGAGUGGUGCUGGCAGGAGCCUGAGCCCUCACGAUAAACUCUGGCAUCAGCUUCCCUUCAUCCGACAGUCAGCGAGGACACAGAGAGGGCGCAGGGGCAGAGAGACGGGGAAGGAGAAAGGGAGAGAGUCAGAGUGACAGAAAGAGCAGCAGCAGCCCAGCCAGUUCUGACUGCUACCUCCCGAAGUGGGCGAAAGCUGACGCGGAUGACGGGUGGCAUGUUUUCAGCAGAACAGUUAUCUGAGUGAUGGUAGCAGCGGCCGCGGCGGCAUCACAAUCCAAAGCAGGAGCUCUCGUGGCUGUUAGUUAUCCUCAGCCUCCUCUCUCCACUCUCAGAGUGCUAUCAGGGCCAUUCAUCGUUCCCAUCUCAUGCCUCCAGCCUCCUCCUCUUCCUCCUCCUCCACGGCUUCAUCCUCCACUUGUACUCCUCCUCUGAUGAGCCACAGCCUCAGAGUGAAAUAACCCUGCUGAUAGAAGCUUCUCUCUCUGUCAAGACAGUGCCAUGUGUGAUUGGCCAACGCAUCCCGUGGUAGAGGCAUCGCCUUGGAUUUGGCGAGAAGCUCUCCCCCCUGCUUGUUCUCUGGGGUUCCUCUGGGAAGCUUUCAUAGGAUUUAUCAGGUCCUGCUGGAUGGCACGGAGCUCUGUGCCUCUCUGAAAAGAGUCCACAGAGAAAACCAAACACUACACAGAUAAGAAGUAAAAUAAUUAUCCAAUCACAGCACAAGGAGGCAGACCGGGUUCCCUUAGCAACAACUGAAGGAGAGGAGAGAAUCCUUUUCUCUUUCUGCUCUCUUGGUUUUUGGGCACACCCCUGUGGACUGCUGUGGGUCAGUGUUUUUCUGAGAGAACUUGGAUAACACCGUUGCAUGAAGACAGGCUGCCUUCCAAAUUCCAGUGGAAGGUUCUCAUUUUCCUUCCAGCCUCCCUUGUAACUGUCUCAUAUCGACACCAUGAAUUUUGGUUAUCCCUCCACAAAAUUCUCAUCACAAGUCACAGUCUGCUGGCUUGGAAAUCAAUUCAUUCUAAUCCCAAGCCACCUGGAAUAAGCCCUGCUUCGGGGGAGAUUGGACACUCUGUGAAAGGACCCACGCCUACCUUUCUUUGCCUUUCAUGGACGACAAGUGAAGGACGGCAUGAGUAAGUCAUCAUCUGCAAAGAAAAUGGAUGUCAAGCAAAGUUUAUUUUGAUGUGAGUUCCUACUGACAGUCGUUUUAUUUUUCCUGGAGGAGGAAACGCCACACUGAACAGAGGAAUAUCCCCUUUUUUCCAAACAGGAUCAGUCCUUUCUAUCUGGAAAGACAGUAGUCCUCACUGAGAUACUAUAUUUAGAAGGAAAAUCUUGUCCCAGUUGGCCGAUAAUGUAGAACACGACCGUUUUGAAAAUUGAGCAACUACUGGGAGUUCUAUUUUUCUAUAGCUUUGUCUAUAAAGGGGUUAAUAUGAACCCAUUUUCUGCUUUCACUUUUGUAUAUUAAUCUGCCAUUAUGUUAUUAUGUUUCACAUGUAAAAAAGAUUGUACAGGAAAAGUGGGGUAAGGGAGAAGUCUUUUUCCUCUAUAGACAGGCGUUUUAAAUAGCAUCUCCUGGGGAACAAUUUCAAACAUACACACUGACACAUGAGAUGAGUUGGCUCAACAUGGUUAUGUAAGAGUUUCAUACCAGCUUUAGUCCAUGUAUUUUGCCUCUUCUUUCUCAAUGGAUUUACAGCGUUUGACAUUUCCCAUGUUCAUUUUCUUGUCGUUUUUGGAAGUGUCUACCAGAGGGCAUGGAUGUCAGAGUGUGACCCUGUGCCGAGUGUGCGGGCAAGGCAAGGCGUUUUGGCUGCCCAGGUGCUUUUAAGAUGUUGAGGUCUCCCUGUGUGGCCGGGGCCCCUGUUCGGAUCAGUAGCACUGAGGCUCCUUGUAGCCAAAGACAUGGACCCCGACUCGGCUCCCCCACGCCCUCAGCCUGUUGGCCACUGGCCCCACGUCGCCCUGUAAAGGAUGUCCCUCAGCAGAGCUCCGGCCCGGGACACCUCUGAGACCCCCAGCCCGAGAGAACGCAUCCGCAGCCACAUGAAGAUGGUGAUUAACCAGCUGGAAGGUAUCCUCAUUGAGCUCAAGGAUGUGGCAAAGGAACUCCGGGAGGUGGUGGGUCAGAUUGAUAAACUAACGUCCGACUUUGACUUUGACCUGGAGCAGGAUGACUGGACCGUGGCCACAGCCAGCAGCACGUCAAGCAGUGAGCGGGGUUUGGGAGAAGCCUUCAGACUGGACUUCCUCAAUGCAGAUGUUUUGUCAGACAGCUGGGAGUUCUGCAGCUAUCUGGAGGCUGCUGGAGCCGCCGCUCGCAGACCUGGUGAGCAACCAGAAGAUCUGGGACGCGGGACCAUCCCCACCCAGACGCAGACCCCCACCCCGCCCCCCACCACUGCCUCAGUCUACUCCCAGAUGAAUGGUGGGCUGCCUAUUCCCAAUGGGCCAAGAAUUAUAACUCCAGAUUCAUCCAGCGAGGAGGCUAGCAGCUCCACGCACAGCCACAAGACUUCCAGAACCUCUGGCACAAGAGAAAGAGUCCGCUUCAGUGACAAAAUUCUGUACCAUGCAUUGUGCUGUGAUGAUGACGAAGAGGAGGAGGAGCAAGAGGAAUUACAGGAGGACAAGGGUGGCUGUGCUACGCCAGACAGCGAUAGUGAACCCAGUCCCCUGUCAAGCUCAGUUGCCCCCAAACGUUCUUCCUCUGAGCACUCACUCCUCCAUAACUGUCUGGACCCUUCCUAUGUCUCCUUGCCAGCAAAGGGGACGACAGGAGCUCACACACUUCCAAGGAAAGGACUCUUAAACCCCAGCUGCCGCAAAAAACUGUUACGAAAUAGCAGCACGCAAACUGUCUCUGACAAGAGCACCCAAACUGUACUGCCCUAUAUUCCAACCAAACAGAAAACAAAGGACCACUGAGAAAGCCCUAAGUUUAUCAUAGAUAUCAUGAAGAGGACUGUGCAUUAUUUAAUAUUAAAUACAUAGCUCAUAGAUUAAUACACAAAUAAAUUAAUUACUAAAUAAAUAAAUGAUAUAUGGGAAAUCACUCGACUAUCUACAGUUUUUCUGAGGCUCAGGGAAAACACAAUGAAAUGAAAUGAAGCAGAUCAUUAAUAUGAAAGUUAGUGGCGGACCAAAAGGUUAGUGCCUGUUCUAAUGUAAAAAAAACGACAACAAAAAAAACGACAACACUAAAUGGGUCCCCAUAGGUGUGUUAACUUGAAACAAAGAAAAGAGAUUUUAAAACAAACAUUUUUACUGCAACAUUUGUAGUGUUACAUUUGAGAAGUGAGGCCCUUUCUGCUCCUGGUAUAGUAGUUUAAUUCACAACUAAAGUAAACGCUUGUUCUUAUUAUAAUGUGGAUACAAAACACUGCACAUCUGUACUCUGAAUCUGUAUACAUUGUCUUUUUUCAUGUUCCAGUUAUUUCAAAUGUCAAGGGGAUUGUUGCUUUCAGCUGGGUAAUGUAUUUAGAUGCACAUGUCAAGCCUCUUCCUCUCUUUGAUGUCAAAAAACAACUUUGAGCGAAGAGCCAGGAAACAACAUUAGUUACCUGCCCUUGAUUUUUAUAAACCGUCUCAGUGUACAAUCUUCUUGGUCUGCUGCAGACACAAAAAAAAGAGUGGCAGCAAGAAAAACACAUACAUAAAGGGAUGAAGAAUUUGCAGCCCACAAAAAUGACAUUUCGAUUUUUUCCCUGCCUGGCUGUGAUGUCAUUAGACAUAGGAUCAGGGCAGAACACAAGUCCACAAAAACAGUACAGAAGGUUUUGUCUCUCUAUUCAGUUGCUCAGUGGGGAAUUGAACUCAGUAUAGCGGCAUUUGAUUCACAGGCUAACGCCAAUAGCCUUUCCUGAUCAAUAUGUUAGAGGGAGGUUGCAGUGAGAGGUCUCUCUGCUGAGCAUGCAUGCCACUCUCCUGGAAUCUG